AUGUCAUCAGUAAGCUUUUUAGUAAAAGUACCAAAUAAAGAUAAUAGUCUCGGAAGAGAGCUUUCUUAUCUGCGUCAUUUUUUUGCGUUAUAUAUCAUGCAAUAUCUGGAAGAUAUCAUUGAAUUGGUUGAAGACUUACCAGAAGAAAUAUGUAAAAGAUUCGAACAAAUACGCAAGUGGGAUAGCGAUGUGGAAAGGUUGAAACUGGAAUGCAAGUAUGCGGCCAAGCGUAUCAUGGAAGUGACAGAAACUUCACAGUCAAUGAGGGAACGAAUUCUGAUGGAGCUGGCUGAUAAAUAUCGGCUGAUUCAUAGACUGAGUGAAAGAAAGCUGGACCUUGCAAUCAGGAGCCAAAGGCUUAUGUCAGCAGUACUUGACAAGGUAAACGAUUCGUCCUAUCUUUGCAAGAUUGAACUGGAGGUUGACAAUCCAGGAUGUACAGAAAACAUUGAAAGAAAUUUUUGUCGCAUGCUCGGGUUGAGGCCGACAUCAUCCCAUUUGUCCUCGUGUAACAUGGAGUUCGAAACGGCAGAUGAUGCAUCUUCGGUCGCUUCUGAACACUCAAAUGGUAGAUACUCACCUGCUGCUGAUCGCAGACAUGGCGGACGACAUCGUCUCACCAAUGGAAAACCUCACAGGGAGAAACAUGAGAGAAGCGCAUCACCCAGAUCUGUGACAAGCGAAGGUCAAAACUCCGGUACUGGAUCAGGAUCAAGAUCGAAGAAGCGAAAAUAUCAGUCUGAUGGGCAUCCUACCUUGUCGAAUUAUAUGAGGAAAAAGCAGGAGAAGGAGCGGGAACGAUCGAAGUUAGCACGGGUGCACGCAGCGCGGCAAGAAGAAAGUCAGAGGAAACAGCAAAAGCUUUCCAUCGCUAAUGACUUCGACACUUCUUCUCCAUGCAAAAGUAGUGACAUGGCUCCUCUUACUGUAAAAACUGAAGAGAAUCUCCAUGUGGAAGGACAGCCGUGGGAAAGCCAAGAUCCGCUAGGUUCUGAAGAUGACCUAAAUGCCGAAGAAGUUCUGGAUUUAUUCCCAAUGCUACCUUCGCCACCGAGAGAAAUUAUGGAAUCGCUAAAGGAGGAAUCCUUAUUUGGACUUGAAGACGACAUUGGAUUUGAUCCAACUUCGAAGGCAUUUUCUGACUCACCAGCCAUGUCAGGACUUGUCCUUGAUUCACUGCCAUCAUCACCGUCACCCUCAACUAGCGUCUCAUCAUGGGAUAGGAAGAAAAGAACCAGCAUAUCUUUUGGAAAUGUCGAGACCACCAGCAUCCAUGGACGUCCAAGAAAAAUGACGGAGCGCGCUGUGGAGUUGCUGCAGAACCACAAGGUCCGCGAAGAUCGAAAGCGGAAAGUGGACAUCGAUGGAGAGACCAACGAACGAUGGUGUUUUUGCAGAGAGGGGUCCAGUGGAAGCAUGAUUUGCUGUGAUGCUAGCGACUGCAAGUAUCAGUGGUUUCAUUUUGAAGUGCGCCGCGAAACGACAGUGAGUGUCGUGGAACCACUCUGGGCGAUUCUAGGUGACGAUUAGUACCGUUUUCACUUAUGUUGUUCACUUUUAUUGAUUGUUUGUUAUAGAAAACUGUGUUAUAGGUGUAUUUCGCUUUGUUUCAAAUCUUUCACCGAGUGAGAGCGUGCCUUCUCUUAUCCUUGCGGUUUUUUCUUUACAGAAUUAUUGCUCACAUUAGGUUUGUCAAGCUCAGCUAUUCAGCAGCGGGUCGGUAGAAGUGGGUCAACAAUUCUAUGAAAUAGACCAGAUUUUGACGUUCUAAUCUUUGCUCCUCGAGGAACGAUCUCAUUUGGUCUCUUCUUUGAUCUUUCCGUGACAAUUGCUUGGACUCCUCUCAGUUUUUCUGUAAAGUUUUUUGGUGUGCUGUAACACAUGUUCUAGGUGUUUUUCCCUUGCAUUCGAAUUUUGUUUGGACAGGGUUGUUAUUUCCAAAUAAAAUUUUCGAAACUUAA